ACUGAACCAACCCCGAAGCAGAUUCAAAGUCCAACAAGCCGGACUAAAUCGUGAGGUUACAAACUGCUUUGGACACUGGGAGCUACCGAGAGGUGGUCAGGAGUUUGGACAGUUGCACAGGAAGAGACGCUACAAGUGAGCUGGAGCGGGGAUUGGAAUGAGACCGUGCAAAUAGGCGGCCAGACAAAUCUUCGGCGGAGCUGACUUCUCUCCUUUGAUCUCUCAAUCCUGAAAGUCCAGUUUUCUUUUGUUAAACCUGCUGAAAGUAUCCUCGGUGCAUGUACUCUGUCAGUCUUGCUGCCAGUUCACUUUAGGCAGGCGUGUCUGCUCAUUCUGGGAAAGGAAGCUGACUGGAAUUUCUUUCUUGACAAACAUACAAGAGGCAGAAAGAGAGAGUAAGCUCGAAUCUUGCAAUCUGCAGGAACCGGUGCCCCGGACAAUAUGAACUGGCACUGUCGGACUUAAGUUAACAGUAUAUAAUUGUGAAGGAGAGAGAAAUCAUCGAAAUUCCUUAUGAAGGAGGCAAAUACUUUAAUAAACAGCGUGAUUUACCUCCCCUUGUUUCUGCCUACCAUAUUUGGAGGACCUAUAUGCAAAACAGGGAAUCCCGUGACUGAUGACAUAAAGCGUAUUGAUGAAUUGGUUGGAAACUUGCCAAAUGAUUAUAAAAUCCAGAUAAAAUAUAUUUCUAAAAUCCCUAAUGUGACUGAUACAUGUUGGCUACGUUUAACAGUGUCUGAAAUGUCAUUCAGCUUGGAUGGACUUCUCGAAAAGUUUGCCAAGAAUUCGUCAAAUUAUUUAAUUAUCGAAAACCUGCACCGGGUUCUGAAUGGUAUUCACAACUGCCUAUAUGAAGACAGGAAGGACUAUCAGGAAGAAUCUGAAUUCAAUUGUGAAAAGUCCAAUCUGGAGCCUAAACAAUACUUCAGUUACUUCAAUGAAAUCAUAACUGCAUUCCAGUUAGCAGAGGAUACCAAUCCAUGUGAUGCAGAGGCUGUUUGCAGGCCAACAGAGCCACCAGAUGCAGGGCGUGGCUCCAACUCCACUGCACAUACUCUGGAGCAGACAAAUAAAACCCGUGCGCCAAAGUGUGAACGCACGCAUCCGGAGCUGGGUAGGCUGGUCCGUGCUAAAAGACACUCUCUCUCAGCCAAAGCGACAACUCCGGAAACAGGAGAUCCAAAUACGAUGAAAGGAGAAUGUGCUAACUGUGUCACAUCAGUCGACUAUUUACCUGCAAUUGGAACCAGCGUUGUUUGCACUGUGAUCAUUACUAUAUGUCUUACAUAUCUGGUUAUCAGAGUGCAGAAGAACUACGAAAGAAACAGAAGGAUUAAAAGUUACUCGACGGAUGUAGAACAGGAACGUAAAAGGGAAGAGAAUGAACAAGAUGGCCAAUUCAUCCUUGAAAAUCAAGAAUCUCUCACAUAAGGUCACCAACUGCUAAUGGGGUACCCAGGUUUGUUUGGCGUCUCAGCUGGAGGAAAUUUCUCAACAUGUGUAAUAUAUCUAUUUGACAUGAAAUAAGGAUUGGGAUUGGUGCAAUGAGGCACUGGAACCCCUCUGGCAUCCUACUUAUAGGAAUGUCCCCCCCCCGGGAAGUGAUAUGGAUAUGUUGGCUGGACAGAGUGUGUGUAUAUUUUCAGAGUGGAAGCCUACUUAAUAUCAUCCCUAUUUGCCAAACGCAGGGUAUCUCCAUCAGACUGCAACAUAUAGGCAGACUCGGUGAAACUAACUGAGAGGUCAUCAUUGGAACUGAAAGUGGAAGCAGGAAGUGAGCAGAGGCUGAUAUCCUGUGAGGAUUAUUAAUGUUUUGGCCUCCUCAUAGAGCAAAAAUAUACAUUGGGCUUUUUACAGGCAUUAGUUUAACUGCACAUAAUUUAUUACACAUAGCGAGUGGGUUAUGUUAUUUAAUAAGAAGAACAAGAACAAUCUGUGAACAUUGAUUCUGAAAGACAGAUCAUGUCAGCUAAAUUUGACUCGAGAAAAUCUGUUUUAAGAUAGUUUUCUGUUUGGGCUGUCAGCCAGAAGGGGGGAAAAAAGCUUUCUAGCCGUUCUGCUCAUUAAUUCUGUUGUUGUUUGUGGCAGCUUACUGUGCAGAAAACGACACAUUUUCUGUUGGUGAAGCAUGGUGUAAGUGGUAAUGUCACCAGGACCCCCAGCUCUAAUGUUCUGGGGACAGGGGUUUGAACCUGCCGUGGAAAAUGGUAAAAUUUAAACUCAAUAAAUAUUGAGAAUAAAUCUAGUCUAAUGGUGACCAAAUAUUCAUUAUUUUAAAAGCCCAUCUGGUUCGCUGAUGUCCUUUAAGGGAAGGAAAUCUGCUGCCUCAUGUUUGUUCUGGCCUAUGUGAUAAGUCCAGACCCAAAACAAUUCUUAACUGUCCUCUGAGCAUUUAGUGAUGGGCAAUAAAUGCUGCUGCAACUAGCAAUGCCCACGUUCCAUGAAUGAAUAAAAGCAACACCACAUUGAUUACCUUUCAAAGGUAUUUAAUUGACUGAAAGAUUAAUUGAUUAAGCUCACCUAUCUGCUGCCUCACCUGGCUGGCAAUUGUGUCUUAGUGGGUUUCGUUCUCACCUGAGCCAGAAUCAGAUCACAGAUUUGGCCACAAAAGCUGAGUUGACUGCACUGAGGGGAUGUUGGGGUGCUGUCUUUUGAAUGAGUCAUUAUCUACACUACUGAGAGGAUGUGAAAAAAAAUUUGAGGAUGAGCAAGGGAAAUCCUUCAUUGGCCUGAACAAUGUUUAUUGCUCACCUCACUUAACCAAGACAGCUCAUGACAUAAUACAACACUGCAAAAAUUGUUUCAUUCUAAACCGCUUUGGCUGUAAUGAUCACAUAUUAACCACAAAGUACCAGAGACUGACAGCAUUUAGACAUUGAAGCAAGCAAGAACAAGCCCCUCAGGAAUCUACCCAAAAGGGUCCAAAGAGCUGUCAGUCUGAACUGCUGAACUUGUUAUAAAAGAGAAUGAUUGCGUAUUAAUGGGAACCCAAUGGGAACAAGUGAUAUGUUGCUUUCCAAGUAAGAGAAUUGGAGGCCAGGGAAGAGGGAACAGAUAUUAAGUGAGGGGAAAAAAAUGUUUCAGAAAAAUAAGCCUAAGAGUAUGGAUGGUCAGCAGAAUAUUAUAGUCAAUGAGUCACCACUAAACACGUUCCUGAAAACUCCAUGAAUUCACAAGUGCAGAGCUUAAUAAUUUAUAGUGACAAUAGGGUUAGGUUCCCAGAAUUGAGAUUAUGACCUUUCACCAAUUAUUUUUGGGCUUUUUUUGGGUUGAAAUAAUAAAUGCCAAACAUCUGAAAUCAAAGUUAACAGAAGAAAAUGUUAAAAAACAGUUGUAGCUUAUUGCAACUUAGGGAAGGAUAUAGUUAGCUGCUGGGUGUGGGAGGGAGGAGAAUGGUGCAGACGUGAUUCCCUCCCAGCCAGUCAACCCAAUGAUGUGCACUCCUCCUCUACCUUCAUCGGAUCGAUGUCCUCAACCUGUUCAUCCACCCAAGCACCUACACCUUUGUUCAUGGAGAGAUGGGGAAGGUAAGAUCUGUGUACCAGAACAGGUUGGAGGGUGAGAUUAUCGCAUAGUGAAAGUGGUCACUGACAUAUGAGUUUUGCUUGCGGAUUUUGACUGAUUGAUUAUUGUCUUUUUGGCACGAUUUGGCGAUUCAUGAGUUCGCAGAUACAGAGAAAUGACUGUAAAUACAGACUAUUCAUUUAGAACAUGCCUGCCUACACUCUAAUCCGUCAAUGUAAGUAAUUGGUCGUUCCAUCCUCAUCUUCAAAUCACCUCUGUAGGCUCAGCUUUUCCUAUCUCAAUCACUUCCUCCAGCCCUGCAAAACUCACCAUCCACCCACCCAACAAUUUGAUUUUCUAUGAUCUACAGGUCCAAUAUUUUCCCUAUUCCCAUCUUCCAUCAGUCCACCAAUGGUGAGUCUUCAAUUGCAUAGGACCUGAGCUCAGAAUUCCUAACCCUAAACCUCUCCACCUGUCUCCUCAUCUCUUUCCCAUUUCUUACAAACCUACCUCUUCGAACUUAGCUUUUGUUCAUCAGUCCAAAUAGUUUUUUUUGCAGUUUGGGUAUCGCAGUUUAUUUGCUGACAAAGCUGUGAGUGCCAUGGAGGGGCUGCAAUGUUUGAGGUGCCAUAACAAUUCAAGUUGUUGUUAUAGUGAAACAUUUUAGUGGCAUGACUACAAUGAUUUGAAAGAGCAAGGAAACAGUCCCAUGAGCGAGAUUUCGUUUCCUCUUUUUUUCUGUGAAAGGUUCCCGGAUUUUAAUUGUUAUCCUGUUUUUAGGCUCUCCAUUACCAAACAAUGUCUGUGUAUCUGCCAACACACAUGAUUUCCUCAGAUAUCACACUAUUUUCUAGUUUAGUAAGUAGUUUAAUUUUCUCUGCUUACCUGAUGUGAACUCCACAUUUAGAGCAGUGUGACUGGCUGUCAUUUUUUAUAAAGAAAAUCUGAUUCCUCUCUCUCCAGUACAACGAUCACAAAAAAAUUGCUUUAAAAGCGUCUUCCUAGAAAUUACUGCUGGUGGUCUGAAUAGAGGAAUUUUAAAGGGUGCUGCAGAUGCAAUGGAGAAAUCUGUCCAAGUUUCCUGGCAAUGGGAGUUGGAAAACACAAUGUACAUGGAAUGUGCCAAGAGACUGUGGCCCUGGCCAAAGUUGAGGCCCUCUGGUCAUUGUUAACAGACAAGUGGCUUGGAGGCCAAAGGUUUUGGGGAGCAAAACCAUUUUCGAAAUCUUUCUGUUCACUCGCAAGUAUUGCUGACGUGUGGCAGCUCCAUUCCCCUCCCUCUUCCCCCCCCCCCCGACAACUCUUUCACAUUUUGUUUCCUUUUAUUCUGUUAGGGGAUGUGGGAUGACUGGCCCACUCCAACAUUGGUUGUCCAUCCCUAAUUACCCCUUAAUUGAGUGCCCUUCUUUGGCCAUUUUAGAUUCGAUGCGGUUGACUCCUAACAGCCCUGUGGACACUUAGGGGCAGGCAAUAUAUGCCAGGCCUAGCCAGCAGUGUCCCCAUGAACGAAUUAAACAAAAAACAUCAGCCAUACUGCUAUGGAUCGCUAGCUACACAAUAUGUAGAAGAAACCUUGCACCUAUCAAGGACAUUGGUCACCUAGAUGGGUUCCUACAGCAGAAAAUUGUCAUGAUUAGUAUUUCCUUCUAUAACUCCACAUUUAUUAAUUUACACACCACCUUCUGCCAUACUGGCAUUUGAACCUGCACUCUCAAAGCAUUAGCCUAUGCUAAUGAAUUGCUAGUGAUAUUACCACUACACCUUACUGGCAUGCUCUGCUAAGCCAAGAUCAGGCCACACCACUGUGGGUUUGGCAUUGCAUAUAGGUCAGACUGGGUAAGAACAGCAACUAUCCUUCCCUGGAGGACUUAGUGAAUUAAAUGGACUUUAAUACCAAUCUGGUAGUUACAUAGUCAUGUUUAUGGAUAGUAACUUCUUACCCCAGAUUUAUUUAUUGGAUGCACAUGUCCCCAGCUGCUCUGGUGGGGUUUGAACUCAGGUCUUACCAGAUCAUUAAUCUGGGUUAAAAACCAAAAGAACUGCGGAUGCUGUAAAUCAGAAACAAGAACAGAAAUCACUGGAAAUGCUCAGCAGGUCUGGCAGCAUGUGUGCAGAGAAAUCAGAGUUAACGCUUCGGGUCCAGUGACUCUUGCUCAGAACUGGGUUACCGGAUUCCUGACCCAGUAACCUAACUACAACACACCAAUUACUUCACAGCUCAGAAGUAUCCCCAUGGUGGUUUGUAGAGGGUUCACCCGCAUAUUUGAGUCUGUGUUUGUAAAGGGGAAGUAGAAGGAAAGGGAUGGCAAAGAGCCCUUUGAAGCACAGCAAUUUUCACUUGGUUCAAUGGAUAUCAGUGUCAUCUCUGAAUCAGGAGGUUGUUGGCUGAAGACCGGAGACAGUAAAAUUCUAAAGAUGACACUCCAAUGCAGUACUACAAUGAGGGAGAGCUGCACUGAUGGGAGGGUGCUGUCUUCCAGAAGAAGUGUUCAUCUGAUGUCUCAACUGGUCUCUUAGACGAGUAUAAAACAGCACAACCAGCAACACUAAAUAAACACAAGCAAUCUGGCCAUUACCAUGUAGCUCUUUGUGGGAGUUUCUGUGUAUGAAUUAACUGCCAUGUUUCCUACACUGCAACACUUGCAAAGUGCUGUGUGGUAUUCUGAGGUGCAAUACAAAUGCAAGCCCAUUAUGUGUGAUCAUUUUAUCACAUAAACAAACCAUCACUCUGAAUAGUAACUGAAAGAGGAGAUAUAUUCAUAGCCAGAAGUGUCAGCAAUCAUGUUUGUGGGUCAUAUUGCAUGAUGAUCGCUGUGUUUGACUUAAACAUUUGUUCAACAUAAUCGUCUUCAUACAUUGAGCUGUGGAUACAAAGAUUUUGUUUGUGUAAUACAUAUUUUAAGCUCCUAACAUAUUCACU